AUGAAAAUCGCUGGUCUUUCUAGCGGCCACUGUAAAUCAGUAAAUGUACAGAGGUAUCGGCGAAUUGAUGGCUUGAUCAAGCCACAGCAUAGCAGGUUCACUAUCAUCUGCAUUGAAGUUCAGAUCAGACCUGAAAAUUUCGAGAUGGCCAUGAACCGGAUGAUGAUGAUAUGGUACCUAGCUUUCUCAUCAAGGACCAAGGUCCAGCUACACUAUCUGCAGUGGAUUUUGGCAACUGGCAAGGAUAGCCCUUGCUUCAGGUCAGCGCCUUAUCAGUUAUCUGCAUCUAGAUGGAGAAUUUCUGUUGGGUCUGGACUGGCUUAUCUGCAUGCGGAUUGUGAUCCCAAGAUCCUUCAUCGCGAUAUCAAGGCAGCGAAUAUUCUCCUUGAUCACAACUUCGAGGCAAAGUGCCUUGAUCUUGAGGUCUUCCCUGAACUCAUCUUUCUCACAUCCUCUUUCUCCAUAGUUGAAGGGGGUGAUGAUAGGACAAAGAUCUAA